UGCUUCAGUUGUUGCGCUACUUUUAAAUGUAAGCCACGGCUGACCACUGUCGGUGUGGAAGUAUUUGCAGUAGCUUACUGCCAUCAGUUUCUCGCCACGAUCAGUCGGCGGCUGGCAGUGCCAUUGGCUAUGGAGCUCCUGCAUGCACUGGCUGCUCUCGUUGUCCUAACUUUUUCUGCAGUGCCAGUAAAUGCUGACUCACAAUGCAUUCCUAAAAGCUUUGGAUAUGACAGUAUUGUAUGUGUCUGCAAUGCCACAUACUGUGAUGAAUUUGAAACAGUAACACACUUUCCAUCUGGAAAGUAUUUAUUGUACACAUCAACAAAAGAUGGCCUCCGCUUUAAGAAGAGUGUUGGUUCCUUUUCUCCAAGAAAAGGUGCCUCUUGCCUGACACUGCAAGUUGAUAGAGGUACUAAAUAUCAAACUGUCAAGGGCUUUGGAACUGCAUUUACUGACUCUGCUGGGAUUAAUGUAUUUUCCCUUUCACCAGAUGCUCAACAAAAUCUCAUGAGGUCUUAUUUCACAUCCUCUGGUAUCAGCCUGAACAUGGGAAGGGUGCCAAUAGCUGGAUGUGACUUUUCUAUACGUGGCUAUACAUAUGAUGAUUAUGAAAAUGAUACUCAGCUUACAAAAUUUAAUUUGACAUGGGAGGACUACAAUCUUAAGAUGCCUUUGAUUAAAUGGGCCCAGAAUCUAAGGAACCAAACCCUGAAGUUGAAAGCAGCAGCAUGGAGUCCACCCAUAUGGAUGAAAACAAACCAUGAUUUGAUGGGUGCCUCUCUUCUCCUGGACCAGUAUUACCAGACAUGGGCUGAUUACCAUAUAAAAUUCCUUGAUGCCUACAAAGAAAAUGGUAUUGAGUUUUGGGCAGUGUCUACAGGAAACGAACCAGCAAAUGGUAUAGGUAUUAUACUAGCGAUUAACUCACUUGGAUGGACACCACAAGGACUAAGAAAGUGGACUGCUGAAAAUUUGGGUCCUUCACUGCGUGCUUCCCAACACAGCAAUGUUAAGAUUCUUGUUCUUGAUGAUCAACGUCCCUAUGUGCCUUGGGUGGUAGACAAGAUUAUGGAUGAUAAAAGGAUGCAGAAAUAUGUUGAUGGUAUUGCUGUCCAUUGGUACUAUGAUAAAAUAUCUCCAGCUCAGAUAUUAACUGAAACACAAAAGAAAUACCCUACCAAAUUCAUUAUAUCAACAGAGGCUAGCAUUGUUAAUCUUAUGCCAAACGUCAGCAAAGUGAAACUUGGUGACUGGUCAAAUGGAGAAGCAUACUUGACAAACAUGAUACAGGAUUUCACACACUGGGUUGCUGGAUGGUAUGACUGGAAUCUUGCAUUAAACCAGGAAGGUGGCCCUAACUGGGUAGAAAACUAUGUUGAUUCUUCAAUUAUUGUGAAUGCCAAAAAUGAUGAAUUUUAUAAGCAGCCUUUGUUUUAUGCUCUUGGCCACUUUUCUAAGUUUAUUCAUGAAGAUUCAGUAAGGAUUGAUAUUGUGCCAAACAAUAAAAAUGGAAUUAGAACUGUGGCAUUCACAACUCCAUAUAAUGCAACAGCUCUUGUCAUCUCCAAUAAGAGAGAUCAUAAUACAAAGGUAACAAUUGCAGACCCGGAUCGUGGCUACAUUACUAUUUCAGUUCCCAAGAGAUCUUUCAACACUCUAAUGUACUGGUAAUGUACAUGUGUGGCACUUUUAAUAGUGCCUGGAAUUUGUGAGAAUGAUGACUAAAAUUGUUGAAGGAUAUGGAAGCUUAAGAUCUGUAUAAAAAUGUUAAAUAUAUUUUUUCCUUACACAAUAAAGAACACAAGUAAUGAUUAAAAAACCUAUUUUGUUACAAGAAGUACAAACACAUUAACAAAAUAGUGAUGUUUUUACUUUUUUACCCUGAGAUAGCUAAUUAGUAAGUAAGUUUCCAAAUGAACAGUACAGUAUUCUUUGUCAGUGUUUGUAGUAGUAUUCCUGGUGAACUGUACAAUUUGUAAAGCUUUAGUUUCAAAUCAACCGUCAUCUAUUAUUGUGCUAAUACAGUAGCCUCCUUUGAAAUCUAAGUUAGUGGACUGCAUGUAGUCUAUGAAAUCAGAUAAAGUCACUGCAUGUAGACAUACACAUGUAACAUCAAACAUUUACACGUAAUAAAGAUUAUUUACACAAUAUAUAAGUUUACAUGUUAUCCAUUAUUAUGUAUGGUUUCAUGCUGCAUGUUAACAAAGAAGUGUUAGUUGUGCCUUUGAUUUGAUGCACAUGCAAUGUUGUUGAUAUUCUUUUGUGAGUUUUGUUAUUCAUACAGCAAAAUAACUGAUGAUGGUAAAAGUAAAGAGGAUUUUGUAUAAAAAGAAAAGUGUUUCAAGAAAGAAGAAGUUUGCUAACACAGAGUGUAAACUAAGAGUUAGAAAGUAUUUUCUGAAAGCAUGUGUCUGAAGUGUGACCUUCUAUGGAAGUGAAACACAGACAAUGAACAGCAGAGUUAAGAGAAAAACAGAAGCUUUUGAAAUUUGGGGUUACAAAAGAAUGCUGAAGAUUAGAUGAGUACGUUUUGUAGCUAAUGAAGAGUUACUGCAUAAAAUUAAGAUGAAAAGAAAAUUAUUGCACAGAGUAACUAAAAUAAGGAUAUCCUGAAACAACAAGAAAUAGUUAAGUUGGAAAUGGUGGAAUUCGCAGAGAAAGACCAAUGCCUGAGAAUAGUUAACAGGUUUAAAUUAAUGUACAAGGCAGUCGUUAUGCAGAAAUGAAGAUACUUGCAAGGGUCAGACUGGAAGGGGAGCUGCUUCAAAACCAUGUUCCGAAUGAAGAUAAAAUAACAACAAGAAUUUUUUUUUCACAUGCUACCUGCACCUUAGAAUGGAUAUAAAGCACUCUUUGAAUUACAGGCCCUUUAACUGCUCAAAGCGUGGAAAAUUUAUUUCUUAUGCAUAUGUUGGUAUAUGAUAAUGGACUGAGGUAGACAGCAUGGAUUACUUGGUAUUAUUAUUAUUGUAAUAUUGGGUAACAUAUUCUGAAUAAUAUGUGAUAUAAUUAUUCUAUAACAAAGUAGAAUGAAAAACAGUCUACUGGCUACCUUCAGCAGUAAUAAGCAUGUAAACUCAUGUAUUCACUCAAGUAUGAAUUUCCAAA